UGUCUGUCUGGGGCGGCACCAGGGGGGCACAGGCCCACGAGGAAGGAGAAGGCAGGGUCACAGCACCCCCCCCAACCCUGUGCCGGGGCCUCUCCCCUUGCUGCUGGGAGAAUUCCGGGCUUCCUGGCCCCGUGACAAUACCAAGGGAAACAAGAAGUUCCAGAAUGCAGGGUCCUGGGCCCAGGACAGAGAGGGCACAGGGCCAGGGGCUCCGGCUGGACACAGGCUCAGGGCGGCAUGUCCCUGGAGCUCUACAUGGAUCUGCUGUCCGCGCCGUGUUGCGCCGUCUAUAUCUUCGCCAGGAAGAACAGCAUCCCCUUCGACUUCCAGUUCGUGGAUCUGCUGAAAGGUCACCACCACAGCAAGGAAUACAUCGAGAUCAACCCCCUGCGGAAGCUGCCCAGCCUCAAAGAUGGGAAAUUUAUCUUAUCCGAAAGUGUGGCCAUCCUCUUCUACCUGUGCCGCAAGUACAGCGCACCCUCACACUGGUACCCGCCAGACCUGCACACACGUGCACGUGUGGAUGAGUUCAUGGCCUGGCAGCACACGGCCAUUCAACUGCCCAUGAACAAGAUACUCUGGAUCAAGUUGUUGAUCCCGAUGAUCACGGGGGAGGAGGUUCCAGCAGAGAAGACGGAGCAGAUGCUGGAAGAGGUGAAGAAGAGCCUACAACUCUUUGAGGAGAAGUUUCUGCAGGACAGGAUGUUCAUCACUGGGGAUCAAAUAUCCCUGGCGGACCUGGUGGCCCUGGUGGAGAUGAUGCAGCCCAUAGCAAGCAACCACAACGUCUUCCUCAACAGUGCCAAGCUGGCCGACUGGCGCACGCGCGUGGAGAUGAGCAUCGGCUCUGGCCUCUUCUGGGAGGCCCACGAGCGGCUGGUGAAGUUGGCAGAAUGGGACUGUUCCACGUUGGAUCCGAUGGUCAAGGAGAGGAUCUGUGAGUUUCUGCACAAGUACAAGUGACUGCAGAGGCAGCCCACCCUGUAGGGCCUGGCUGGCCCAGCCCUCUGAGCCUUCUUCCUCAGGGAAGAUGCCAAAAUACAACUCUGUUUUUUGCCUAAUAAACAACCGGAACAACCAUCAUGGCUGCUGAGCCAGGGACAGUUGGUGUAAUUGUAGGGUCUGAUGCGGGAGCAGAUGUGGCCAAAGGUCCUCCCAGUUUCGGUUUCCAAAAGGAAUUUUAAAUUAAAGGUUAAAUAUGAUUACAUUGUCAAUAAUAAUAGUUGAUGACUUUUA